UGCUGGUUUCGCUGCUUGGUUGCUGUAAACACCCGUUCUGGGAUACACACUCGACCUGCUGGUCUACACAAGUCGGUCUUUUCUGAUACGUUCAUACACUAAUACACACACUGCGCUAUGAUGUCUAACGUUGAUCUAUUUGUCUAACUCGGACCGUUCAACGUUUCAACGAACUCUUCAGCGACACUCUUGAAACUGAUCAGGUAGAGGUUUAAGGCAGUACUUAAGUAGAGUCGCUCACUUCAUGCUAGGACUUUCAUACCAUGCGAGCCAGUCAUAGCUGUCAAUCUUGUUCUCGAAGGAAGCGCAAAUGCGACUUGAAGAAACCAGGUUGUUCGCGAUGCCUCAAACUCAAGAUCCCCUGUCACUGGCCUGACUCCGUUCGACUAGCCACUUAUCAGCAGCAACAACAUGAGUCUGAUUGGAUGCAAUCGUUGCUGGUCAAGAUGCAAGGUGUACGACGACCCCUUGAAACGGUCAAGAUGCAUCAGAUGGCCGGUUUGUGGUGGCCAUUGCCACAACAGCAGAACAACGUACAUUCUGGACAGCAUGGACAGGUACUUGAUAUCUUGUCGACAGAAGCGAGUGAGUUGCUGUCCUCGGAUGCAUGGUUGACAGUGCCGAUACCACAGCGUCAGGAUUCUCUCGUCUCCAUCAUGUCAGAACAGACGCCUGACUGGCUCUUCAUUGAAGACUCACAAUCCCCAGCCCAAGCAAGCUCACCCGACUUCUUCACCUCGUCAAUCCAGGAAACACACCCAAGCAACUCCCUUCUCCCCUCAAUUAAACACAAACGCGACGCCUGUAUCGACGUCUUCUUCACAUGCUUCUGCACAGAAAUGGGAUUCCUCCCAUCCACCCUGGCAUGGAAACAACUCCUACCCUCCAUUAUGGCAUCCGCUGCUGGUGUUCGUGAUGCAAUAGCAGCAGUCGGUGGACUCUAUGCGCAUAAACGUGUCAAAGGUCAAGGAAAAGCGACCGAUGCUAUGGGUUAUUAUGCAGCAAGUGUGCAUGCUUUGCAAAAAGCCCUGACACCCUCCCAUGCAUCCGAAAAAGUCGGUGUGCCAGGCGUCGAUGCCAUGGUAGGGAUUGCCAUUUUGAUGAUCUUUGAGUUGAUGAGUGGGAAUCGAGAAGGGUAUGCAGCCCAUGUCUCUGCACUUGCAAGCAUGUUACAACAACUCGGCCCAGCAGCAUGCCGGACUGGUAUUCCAGCACUCUUAUUUGCUAGUAUCUUGAAACCCGAACAAGAUACAGCAUUGAUUUCUGGACGUGAUACCUUCCUGGCAAAUGACGAUUGGCUUGCCCUUGCACAAGCGCAGUUUCCAGGUGCUGUGAGUAAGUUUUGUCGAUUAUUUGCCGUCUCGGCGCGUGUCAUGGCACGAGAGAAUGCAUUCAAGCAACAAGUCCUCACUUGCUUUGCAGCAGGCUUGCCUGUUCCUGUUAGCUUGCCAGAGGCACGACGAGCGAAUGAGGAAAAGGCCAUGUCAUGCCUGUCGCAACUCAGAGAAAGCCUCGCAACGGUGGAACGCAUGCAACUCUUCAACCCAUCACCCAGCGAUUAUGCAUGGCCGCGUCUCUCAGCAUCGCCAUUCUUGCCGAGUAUUCGGGCAAAGUAUGUUCAGCUAACGGGAUUCUAUCCCAUGAUGGCAGCAUUGAUUGUCAAGCUAGACGCCUGUUUCGAUCGACAUUCAGCGGAAACGGAGGUUCUUGCUCGGAAAUGUGUCAUGCUGAGCCAGGAUGUGAUUUGUCGUGGGGGUGAGCCUGGUGUGCUUGUUCGGCAGAUUACACCUCUGAUGCUUGUUCAGCCGUUUUUGUUCAAGGCGGAGGAGAAGGCCUGGCUGAGUGAGUUGAGGGGCAUGAUGGAUGAGCAGGGCUUCGCUAUAGCGAGACCGUAGACAGCACUAGUACUGCAUGCUGUAAUUCAUUGUCGUUGCAUAAGAUAACCUUGUAUCUUUGGCAGCGGUUGAUGGUGCGUCGGUCUCUUCAGUACCAGAUGCCGACACUGGUCCGACAGUUUCCAAGGUUCCCAUUCAUUUGUGCCUGCGAUUUCAGCAACCCAAAAGACACGGAGUAUUGGCUAAACACACGGUAUCAUGCCACGUCGCCUUUUUAGCUAAUCCUACCAAUAAUUUAACCUGGCUCUCGAAGGCGGACCUCGGUUCGACAGCUUCGGAAGACUAGGUAACGAUGGAUGCACAUGGCUUGAUGCCAAAGUCAACCUGGUCUUUACCUUUUCACACAGUGCUUGUGCUCUGUGUCGCUCAGCAGAAUGAGCAGCAUUCUGCAAUAGCGUACGAGACUGCGCGCGGCUGUCUGAUCUACAGCACAUACGAUGAUACGACUUGACCUUGCUCGGGUCG